CGAACUGCAAACUUCCUCCUCUUCACGCUGUUUAUAUACUAUUUCUCUGUAUUAAAUCGACUCUGUCACGCAGAUUUCAACAUUUAAAGCAGUAUGAACAUAGAGCAGCCCGCUGAAACCCACUGUAGUGCAAACAGUUGUUCAGUUUCAACGCCGGAGGCGAACGACUUGAAGAAAGGAGCACUGAAAAGAACUCCAUUCUCAAAGUUUAAGAAAGUACACUCCAACUUCAAAUCGCCUAUUCAAGCAACAAGUGCUAAAGUUAGUCCUGCAGAGGAGGUGGCAGAGCUAGAGAGGAGAAGAGAGCAGCUGGACACAGAGAUAGCACAGCUGGAGGCUGAGGGAUACAGAGUAGAGGAGCUGGAGCAUCAUAUUGAUAUGCUGCAUGAAUACAAUGACAUUAAAGACAUUGGACAAUCACUCCUGGGCCGUAUUGCUGCUGUAAGGGGGACCACCACACGAGAUCUCUACAGCCACUUCGGCCUGGAACUAGAUGACUGAGAAAGAAAACAGAAUGAAAAUACAGUGGUAAGAAUGGUUCCUAAGACCAAGUGGAGAGGGGCAUAAAGAUAAAAAGAAAAGACAUAAGAACUUUUUAAUAGGAGAAUGAAUUUGCACUGUUGACCUCGACUUCCUCUUUGAGGCAGAGGUUUGCUCAUUUUGUUUACGAUUCUGUUUUCACAUUUUUACAGAGAGAGCAUCAUAUGCUAUGAUGGUGUUUAGUCCAGCAGGCAGACCUGAUAUUUAAGAAAGACCAUCUACUUUAAACUAUUAACUUAAGGCUGUGACAGAAAACAAAUGUAAAAAAAAUAAAUAAAUAAAAAUAUUAUGACUUUU